UCCCACGUGGCCACGCUCAACGCGGUUGCGAUGUCAGUGAGUGAAUGUUGAUGUUCUUCAAUCAAAACCAAAACCAUAGACCAAUCCAAAAACAAGUGUUCCUUUCAUUCACGCGAGACCGUGUUUUCAUUUUCUCCUCACCUUUCUUCUCAACCCAAACUUCCUCCCCUUUCUUUUUCAACCCCUCCAAUUUCCCCUCCAAAUUCCCCUGCUUCUUCCUAUAUAUUCAUUUCUUGUCAUCGUUCUCCACUUGCUGAAGCUCACAGACUAGUUGAGAACAGCUUCAUGGGUAACUGUCUUGAUUCUUCUGCUAAAGUUGAUGCUGCUCAAAGCUCCAGAUCCACUUCUGCAUCAGGAAUCUCAAAAACUACUCCUUCCAGCAUUUCUAUUUCCUCAUACAGUGAAAAAAGCAAUGCCUCAAGUCUUCCCACACCGAGGUCUGAGGGUGAAAUCUUGUCUUCUCCCAAUCUUAAGGCUUUCACAUUCAAUGAGCUGAAAAACGCCACCAGAAACUUCCGUCCCGACAGUCUUCUUGGUGAAGGGGGAUUUGGUUAUGUUUAUAAAGGAUGGAUUGAUGAACACUCGUUUACAGCUGCAAAACCUGGUUCGGGAAUGGUUGUUGCUGUGAAGAGGCUUAAGCCUGAAGGUUUUCAAGGUCACAAGGAGUGGUUGACUGAGGUUAACUACCUUGGACAACUCUACCAUCCUAAUCUCGUUAAACUAAUUGGGUACUGCUUGGACGGAGAGAACCGGCUAUUGGUCUACGAGUUCAUGCCCAAAGGGAGCUUGGAGAAUCAUCUGUUUAGAAGGGGACCACAACCACUCUCUUGGUCAGUGAGGAUGAAAGUGGCCAUUGGUGCUGCCAGAGGACUCUCGUUUCUUCAUAAUGCCAAAUCACAAGUCAUAUACCGUGAUUUUAAAGCUUCUAACAUCCUUCUGGAUGCUGAGUUCAAUGCUAAACUUUCUGAUUUUGGCUUAGCUAAGGCGGGUCCUACUGGUGACAGAACUCAUGUCUCUACUCAAGUCAUGGGUACUCAAGGUUAUGCUGCCCCUGAAUAUGUUGCAACUGGUCGGCUGACAGCCAAAAGUGACGUAUACAGCUUCGGGGUUGUGUUGCUUGAGCUUCUAUCUGGAAGACGAGCAGUUGACAAGACAAUAGCUGGUGUGGACCAGAAUCUGGUGGAUUGGGCAAGACCAUAUUUGGGUGACAAACGAAGACUCUUCCGGAUUAUGGAUUCCAAGUUGGAGGGACAGUAUCCACAAAAAGGAGCCUUCAUGGCUGCAACACUUGCUCUACAAUGCCUUAACAAUGAAGCCAAGGCAAGGCCUCCAAUGACACAGGUUUUGGAAACUCUGGAACAGAUAGAAGCUCCCAAAAAUGCAGGAAGAAACUCCCUAGCACAACAUCACAACAACAGAUUCCAGACUCCUGUGAGAAGGUCUCCGGCGAGAAACAGGACACCUUUGAAUCUAACUCCUACUGCAUCGCCAUUGCCAUCGCCAUUGCCAGCUCACCGACACUCUCCUCGUGCGCACUGAGCUGUGAACAUUGAACAUAUCUGUCAUUUGUAUGUAAAUUCCUUGUUUGUUGUAUCAUGUUUGUGCUUUUGACACCGUGCACUGAGGCAUCUACUUAAAUGCAAUUUUGGGUUGUGUUUCAUAGAAUGUAAUAGUUAGAAGUUAGAACCAUGCAUUCUCUACAUACUAGAUAGGAGCAGCGUUUUAAAUUGAGGUUGUGGUUGUGAUGUGGAAUUGUAGAUAAAUAAGGGUUGAUGUGAUUGCAAUUGCGGUCGUGAUGCCAUUGGAAGGACUACAGUUACUGCCGUAAUUUACAACUCUCAAAGUUAACCACAACAAUAUUGGUUAUGUAGGGUUAAUUUAAAUAUUGAGCUAAUUACCAAUUAA